AUGAGCUCUCAAAUCUGUAGAUCUGCUUCUAGAGCAGUGAGGUCUCUUCAUUCUUCACCUAAGAAUCCUCGUUUCUUCUCCGGUCGAGCCAUUGGUGUAGCAACAGUGGUUUAUGCAUCUGGAAAAGUCCCUCAGUAUGCAUCGGCUCGGGUUUCGCCUCCAAGAGUUGGAUUACCGGACUCCUCGCUCUUCCUACCGCAGAUGGAACGCACUUUCAUCGCUAUCAAACCUGAUGGAGUGCAGCGUGGACUGGUAAUAGAUAGGCCUAAUAAGUUCAUUGCUUCUUGUUCUUUAUUGCGCAAAAUUCUUAAACCUUCUGGAUAUAACAACCAGAUAUCAGAAAUCAUUUCUCGGUUCGAACGUAAAGGAUUCAAGCUUGUUGGUAUCAAAAUCAUGGUUCCUUCAAAGGGUUUCACGCAGAAACAUUACCAUGAUCUAAAGGAGAAACCUUUCUUCAACGGCUUGUGUAACUUCCUUAGCUCAGGCCCUGUUGUUGCCAUGGUCUGGGAAGGUGAAGGAGUGAUUAGAUACGGACGUAAACUGAUUGGAGCCACAGAUCCUCAGAAAUCAGAACCUGGAACUAUCCGAGGCGAUCUCGCAGUUGUUGUUGGAAGGAACAUUAUCCAUGGAAGUGAUGGACCAGAGUCAGCUAAGGACGAGAUCAGUAUGUGGUUUAAGCCCGAAGAACUCGUUUCUUACACCAACAAUGCUGACAAGUGGAUCUACGGCCAGAACUGA